AUGCAUGCCUCCUGCCACUAUAUCAGACGCCUGUCCUCAAGAACUCUUGGCAUCACUCACCAGCGAGACGUGGAGCUCAUACACGUUCAGCCGUUGGAGGGUCUGUGGACUGUUCGUAUCUGUUUUUCCAUUUCUGAAGCUUGCAAGACUGCAUCCACAAAGUGGGAUCGCUUAGCUUCAAAAAACCUUCGACACCACUCCCUGAAAACGGUAGUCGGAAGAUGUACUGCCCUUGCUGCAAUGGUCGGUGGUGCAGCCAUGUCUGGACUGGACUCUAGACACGCACAGUGGCUCGCUGACCCGUCAUUGACGGCCCGACAACACAAUUCACGCAUGCGGCCGUUUAUGACUAACGCUACGUCAAAUCGACUAAAAAUUGAGGACAGUUAUCCCUCCAACCUAAGCAGCAAGCGAUUUGGCCUGGCCCCAACUCCCCAUUGGCAUAGCAGUUUUGAAAAUGUGACCCCAAAACUGACAUCUCAACGGCGUGCAGCAAAGGGCGCAAAGAAAGCUACUACUCGUGCUCAUCUGUGCUGUUGUGGCAAGGCAGACCAUCAUCGAUGA